GUUAAAAAUUACAUUGUUAGUACAACCGCUCUACGAAUAUUAAAAUGCUUAAAUAAACAACGGAUGUAUGUGCUAGGCCACCAUAGCCCCUUUCUGUUGCUGCAAGUGGAAGCCAUGGAAUCGGAAACCAACACAGAUCCAAACCACAACACCCCAAAACCCAAAACGCAAAUAUUUAUACUAUCGGGCCAAAGCAACAUGGCCGGUCGUGGCGGAGUUAUCAAGAAUCCCCACCACACCCCUAACCAGUACUGGGACGGCGUCGUUCCGCCGGAGUGCCGUCCCCAUCCGUCCAUCCUUCGGCUCACAGCCACUCUCCAAUGGGAACCUGCACACGAACCCCUCCACGCCGAUAUUGACACCAAAAAAGCCUGCGGCGUCGGUCCCGGCAUGUCCUUUGCAAACGCGCUGCGACGGAGCGUGGUCGGAGAGUUGAGACUUGUCCCCUGUGCCGUGGGCGGCACCGCCGUAAAGGAGUGGGCGCGUGGGCAGGAAUUGUACGAAAACAUGGUGAAGAGAGCUAAAGAAAGCGUGAAGGGCGACGACCAUUGCGAGAUCAAAGCGUUGCUUUGGUACCAAGGAGAAAGCGACACGUCGAGUGAACAUGAUGCUGAGGUUUACAAGGUCAACAUGGAAACCCUCAUCCACAAUGUUCGAGAAGACCUCAAUUUGCCUUCUCUUCCCGUUAUUCAGGUUGCACUGGCCUCAGGGUCCGAGUAUAUGGAGAAAGUGAGAGAAGCACAAAAAGGGAUUGAUAUUCCGAAGGUGAUUUGCGUGGAUGCCAAGGGAUUGCAAUUGAAGGAAGAUAAUCUUCACCUAACCACCGAGGCUCAAGUUCAAUUGGGGCACAUGCUGGCUGAGGCCUAUCUUACCCAUUUUGAUGCUUGAACUAUUUGGCAAAAGUCUCCAAUUUCAAGCCACUGUUUUCAAGGUUCAAUUCUGAUUUUUAUUUAUCCUCUUGCUUCAUAUAGAGCUUUUUGGAAAUUGUAUGGAAAAAAUGUGGUGUGCAACAUCACUUGCUGGUUUUGAGUACUUUUUUUGGGUCGCUGCUGACGGUGGCAAAAUGAAUUAAGUAUUCUUACAGAGUUUAGCAUUUUUAACCAGUAUUCUUGCGGAAGAGGGUUCAAAUU